AGUUUUAUCAUUUUAUUUUUUAUUACUGGUAAUUAAUUUCGAUAACCAGCCAUUGUUGUUUUGUUUUGAAAAAAUCAAAAUGGCGAUUUGAUUUGGAGUUUUUCUUUCUUAUAAUGCAAACCAAUGUUCAGUACUCAGACUCAGUUGAAGAGACGUACUCCACAAAAUGGGACAAAUCGCGAAGAAUAUCUGUCGUUAUUAGUGGACGAAUAUUUGAACACUUCUUCGUAUGAAGCGAAGUGCCAAGUGCUAGCUAACUUGGCGAAUUUCGCGUACGAUCCUAUAAACUAUAGCUUUAUCAGGGAAGUUGGCGUUUUGGACAUCUUUGUACAUGUUUUAAAAAAGGAAACAAGCACUAAGUUGCUGCGAUUUGCUAUUGCGGGAAUAUGCAAUUUGUGUAUUGAUCCAUUGAAUGCUGAAUACAUAUUAACAUAUCUGGGCUUGAAAUAUAUUAUUGCCUUGCUGAAUUCAAGUGAUACAACUAUAUUAGCAGACACCAUUACUACACUUCUCUAUGUAUAUAAUGAACACACAAAGCCAGAAAUAAUUACUCCAGAUGUGAUUAAAGUGUUACAACAAUUAAAAGACACUGAAGAUCCCAGACUGUCUAACUUGGCAACUAUAUUUCUACAAGAUGUCUCCCAAAUAAACUAGAAUAAAAAUUGAGUUGUAAACUGGAUAAACAUGUUGUCUAACAGGUUUCCAUACAUAGUGGUGAACAACAAGAACUACCAAAAGAUAUGCAAAAUACACUCAACAUCCUUCAGUAACAGUGCUUUCAAAGCAGGGGACAAAAUCCGAAUACAGAAAACAUUAACCCAAAAGGACCUUGAUGCAUUUUCGAACCUGACUGGAGACCACAAUUAUCUGCACCAGAAUAAUGGCAACAAAAGGCCAAUAGUUCAUGGGGCACUAUUGAAUGGCUUAGUGGCCGGUCUUAUUGGUACACACCUGCCAGGUCCAGGCACCGUCUUAGUGUCUCAAACAAUGAAAUUUCCAAAUAAAUGUUUUGUCGGAGAAAAAUUAACAAUUAGUGUGGAGUUGGUUGAUGUGAGAAAAAUUCUGAAAGUGAAGUUUUAUUGCAUAGUUGAAGAAGAAAAGAAGGUUGUGUUUGAGGGUGAGGCUAAACUAAUGUUAGCCAAAGACAUUUAGUUCACAUGGAAUAAGUUAAACUUGUUUUAAAAUAUUUCAUACUUAAAGUAUAAGUGUAAAGUUUAUAUUUAUUGAGGGAAUUCUUAUAAUGAUCAAAUCUUUAAAAAUUAACUAUAAGUGAUAGAAAAAUGUGAUGAAUGUCACAUGUGCCAACUUUACAAUUAAAAAUAUAUUAUUUAAUAUAAAGUACAAUAUAGGUUUAAUUGAAAAAGAAAAAUAAAAUGUUAAUGAAUAAUAUUUAAUUCUCUAAUAUUAGACUAGACCUCAAUUACUGUUUCAAAUUCUGUCCAUUUGAUGUCUAUUGUAAAACAUUUUAAGCAUAUUAUAAUUACUUGUAAGACUGAUAGUCUUUUAUAUUACCAUUUAAAUCCAUAAUAUAAAGCUGCUGCUGGAAAUUUAUGUGUAUGCAAUAUGUGUAGCUCUUAAAUUGUAUUUUGCAAUAUUGUGGGAAGUUAUACUUGCUUGGGGCAUUUUUGUUUACACACAUAUAUGUUCUAUUAUUUCUUGCCAGCUCUCAGUUUUGUUCAUGAUUAUUUAAACAAUAUACUAAAGUUUGUUGGUAAAUGUUGUGCAAGCAUUUUUUAUCAAAAUCAAUUAAAAUGUCAUUGACUUCUAAAUUGCUGAUUGACUUAUUGGCAAUGCCUGAGUCAGUUAGCAGACAUUUUAAAAUUAUGCCAUAUAAGCAUUUAAAUGUUAAUUGUAUAUCUUAAGUGAAGCCUUCGUUAUUUAGAUUUUGUUUUUAAUGCAUUGUAAGAUCUUAAUAAUUUAUUAAUAACUGGAGUACAUAGGGGCUUGUGUAGGCUGUAUCGUGAUUUUUGUUACUUGUUUACCUAUAUUGUUGAUUUUCAUUGUUUUUUUUCUUUGUCACUACUAUUGUGAUUGUUUUUAUACUGAAACUUUUUUCAUUAAGGCAUUGCAUGAAAAAGUUUUUUACAUUUUAACUGAGCAUGUACUUUGUUGUACUAUUACACAAUUUGCUUGUUA